GCUCCCGGGCGGGCGUCUCACCCACUGACCGAGUGAGCAAGCGAAGAUCCGGAGGGCUUGCCGCCGUUCCCGGGAAGACCUAGAAGCUGAGCCGAAAGGAUCAUAAGGCCUUAGCGGCAGAUUUGUGACCUCCUCAGCCGCAUCUCUUAAAUCAGGACCGAGUGGGCUCGGGCAACGUCCCUCGAGAACAAUGAGCGCCCGCCGAUUGGAGGCCCCCGCUUUAAAACGCGCCGUGAGGAAAAUCCGAUGCGCCGCCAUGGUGGCCAGCCUGGCCAAGAGUUGGCAGGGUUGGGCCAACGAGCACACAGACAAGCAGGACGCCGCUCCCACUGGGUGGAUGCCCUGCUCUGUGGACCAGGAGGACACAAUGGAGCCAAGCCAUAAGUUCAAAGUUGCUAAACCCAGGGAAACGGCCUCAGGUGAUGACGCCACUCCCAUCCGGAGCGUUCCUAUCUCUAAAAGUGUUCAACCGAAAGUCAGCGAGUGCGGCGGGGGCGAUGUGGUCAACAUCAUCCGCGGGAAGAUGGAGUCGGGUCCUGAGGAAAGCAAGCCCUUCCUGGGUAAUGAGUCGCCAACGCGGCGGCGCCACCUGAAGGCGUUGCAUGGAGCCGGCGGAGGCAUUAUCCAUGAGAGGAAGUUGAUGCUGCAGGACAGGAAAUUGAGCUCCAGGAGCAGCAGCCUGGACACGGAGGACAGCGGCCUGGGGGAUGAGGUUGCGCCUGGAGAAAGUGCCGAAACCGCAGAUAUCAAGUGCAAACCCAAGAUCAAGGUGGCCACCAUGGGCGACAUUAAGAAUUGCUGGCAGCGCUGGUCCGAGGAGCACGCAGAGAGCCAGAAACUCAAUCCCUUCAGCGAGGACUUUGACCACCACUACGCCAUGAGCCAGUGCCUGCGCAAGGGCGACAGCGGCUACGGUCGCCCCAAGGAGGGCUCCAAGACGGCGGAACGGGGCGAGCGUGCGCACAAGCACAUCCACAAGGAGAUGGAGGAGAUGGUCUGGAUCAUCCGGGACAUGGGCUACCGGGACGGGCAAGGCCGUGCCGUCGUCACCUUCGGCCGCCUCUUUGAGCGCUACGUGAAGAUCUCCGACAAGGUGGUGGGCAUCCUGCUGCGCUGCCGCAAGCAUAAGAUGCUGGACUUUGAGGGCGAGAUGCUGUGGCAAGGACAAGACGACCACGUGCUCAUCACCGUGAUGGACUGACUCCUGGAAGAACCCGCCUUGGAAUAAAGACGUUUUGGUUUUUUUCAUUGUACUUUAUUUAUUGAAUCCAAGUCACAAAAAUGUGGUCAUGUGCAUCCAAGCAAUCACAAUCAAGUCAAAAGAAAAUGACGUUUGUUAGGAAUAAUUAGUUGAGUUUACAUAUUCAAUAACUUUGAUGCUUCUGAUCAUUUUUUUUUCUCAAAUUUUCAUGGAUGUUAGUCCUCAGAGGCAACAUGUCCGCCGUGCGUGUAAGGCCUCCGCUUAAUGUGUGAGCGCUACAAUCAAACCCAGCAGAGCAGACCUCCGCCAAGGCCUCGACUUUGACAUUCAGAUGAACUUUUUGAAGGUUUUGCCCUUUUAGGAAAAACAUUGAAUAAAAGAAGACGACAUCAUCAAAACGACAAGUCGACAUGCUCCUUUAAGUUUGGCCAAGGUAACCCGACUAUGACCGUGAUAUCGUCAUGAAAUGUUUGUCUUCAGAUAAAAACAGUUGUUUUCUGUUGUUGCUACGCUAGCUGCUGACAGCUAAACAGCUUACAUCGGGUGACUUUGGAGCAAUAAUAAAUAUAAAGUAUAUUAAAUUGUAAACGGGAUUUUCUCAUAAAAUGUUUUGGCACAAAAAAAACACAAAAAUUCCUUACAUUUUCUAAAUAUAUUAAAUAUUUAUAUAAUAACAUCUAAA